CUGCACUACGGGACCCUCCUGGGCAGCAGAGCUUGUGCCCACAUGGCAGCAGCUGCCUGGGCCAGUGCCUUUCUCAAUGCUCUGGUGCACAUGGCCAAUACAUUUUCCCUGCCCCUGUGCCAUGGCAAUGCCCUGGGCCAGUUCUUCUGUGAAAUUCCCCAGAUCCUCAAGGUCUCCUGCUCACACUCUAAUCUCAGGGAACUUGGUCUUCUUUCUGUUACUGUCUUUUUGGUAUUUGGUUGUUUUUUGUUCAUUGUUUUCUCCUAUGUGCAGAUCUUCAGGGCCGUGCUGAGGAUCCCCUCUGAGCAGGGACGGCACAAAGCCUUUUCCACCUGCCUCCCUCACCUGGCUGUGGUCUCCCUCUUUUUCAGCACAGGCACAUUUUCCUACCUGAAGCCCUCCUCCAUCUCCUCCCCAUUGCUGGAUCUGGCCCUGUCGGUUCUGUACUCGGUGGUGCCGCCACUCUUCAAGCCCUGA